AUGCAGCCUUUCACCCAAGACUGUCUGAUGUAUCCGCAUGAUAUUGGCCUUCCAGAGUACGACGCCGCACUAUUGAACACAGAAUGCUUCGAGAAUGUGUACAAACUGCCGGAGUUGCCUGAAAUUUCGAGCGUUCUGAAUCUCAAUUCAGUCGUGACGCUGUUGACUUUGCGCUGUUAUUUCGGAAAUGCAUUUAGAAAACUUCCUAUGAACAGGAAGUAUUGA